AUGAGCACAGAGGCGAUGCCACUAUUUUCAAAUCUGCCCGCUCUGCGCUUGACGCUUGCCUACGUGUUGACAGAGCCUUCGUCACUAUUGCCACAUUACACAAUUCCAACCCUGCUACAGUUGCCUAUUCCUGUGAGUACAGUACUUGGCACAUCGUCAAGGAAGCCUACGAUCAAGGCGCUUGUGCUCGACAAGGAUAACACGAUCUGUGCGCCGGAGACAGCCAUUGUGCAUUCAGCAUAUCGGAAGAAGAUCGAAGAAAUCAAGCUAGCAAAGAAGCUCGAAACCGAGCUAGGACUGCCAGUCUUACGCCAACAACCUGGCCGGAAGAAGCCACUGUGCGGUCCAGAUGUUCUGCAGUAUUUCCGAGAGAAUGGCGUGACGGAUGACCCAGCAGAGAUAGUAUUUGUUGGCGACCGGCUGGCCACUGAUGUCAUGGUUGCUCGAGAGAUGGGCAGCUGGAGUAUCUGGUGUCGCGAUGGAUGGCGAUCGCCCGAAGCGCCACAGCAAGACCACAGAGGUGUCUUUGCCCGGAUCGAGAGCUCGUUUGAGAGCGUGAUGAGAGAGCGUCUUGGCAAAGCAGCACCUCCGCCUACUGCUCGAACAAGGACGACAUGA